AUGUCUUCCUUCGGUACCGUAUUCCGUGUCACCACCUACGGUGAGUCCCACUGUCAGUCGGUUGGCUGUAUCGUCGACGGAUGUCCUCCAGGCUUGGAGUUGACUGAAAAAGAUAUCCAGCCUCAGUUGAGUCGAAGAAGACCAGGCCAGUCUGCUCUUUCCACACCAAGAAACGAAAAAGACCAGGUCUUCAUCCAAUCAGGAACCGAACAUGGCAAGACUUUGGGUCUGCCCAUUGGCAUGUUGGUCAAGAACGAGGACCACAGACCCCACGACUAUUCCGAAACCGAUUUGUACCCCAGACCUUCUCAUGCUGACUGGACUUACAUCCAGAAGUACGGCGUCAAGUCCGCUUCUGGAGGAGGUAGAUCUUCCGCCAGAGAGACCAUUGGCAGAGUUGCGGCCGGUGCUAUUGCCGAGAAGGUGUUGCAGAAGGCUAACAAUGUCGAGAUUGUUGCAUUUGUCUCUUCCAUUGGAGAAGUGUCUAUGAACAGAAAUGCCCAGGAUCCUGCCUUCCAGGACUUGUUGAACACUGUCACCAGAGAACAGGUGGAUAGUGUUGGCCCAAUUAGAUGUCCAGAUGCCACUGUCAGAGAGCAGAUGGUCAAGGUCAUUGAGAAGUACAGAGACUCCAAGGAUUCUAUCGGAGGUGUGGUCACUUGCGUGAUCAGAAACUGUCCUAUUGGGUUGGGUGAGCCAUGUUUCGAUAAGUUGGAGGCCAAGUUGGCCCACGCCAUGAUGUCUUUGCCAGCUACCAAGGGUUUCGAGUUUGGCUCUGGAUUCGCCGGCACUGCCAUUCCAGGCUCUCAGCACAACGACCCAUUCGUGUAUUCGCUGACCGACUUGCGUUUGAGAACGCAGACAAACAACUCUGGUGGUGUUCAGGGUGGUAUUUCAAACGGAGAGAACAUUUACUUCUCGGUGGCUUUCAAGUCUGCUGCCACCAUCUCGCAGGAGCAGGAAACUGCCAGCUACGAGGGUAAGGCUGGUGUUUUGGCUGCAAGAGGUAGACAUGACCCUUCUGUGACGCCCCGUGCUGUUCCUAUUGUGGAGGCUAUGGCUGCAUUGGUGUUGGUUGACCAAUUGUUGAUCCAGAAGGCCAGAGAGUACGGACGUUCGAUUGUUGCUUAA